AUUUGUCACUAAAAAAGAUUUAGAAACAAGACUCUCUUCUUCUUCUUCCUCUAAAUGUUUUGUCCGCCACACGCAUUGUCUCAGUGAUCAGAGUUCUUCGUCUCUCUACUUGAACUCUCAUCUCUAAAACCCUAGACUCUCUCGUCUUCAAUCGUUUUAAAAAGAUUUUUCUUUUGGAAACUGUAGAAAUGGAAGGAAAUUGCUCGCAAGGACGCUUUGAUUCUCAAGUUUCUUCUAUGAGAGAUCUUCGUCCAAAUGCUAUAAAUCAGAAUCAGAAACAACACCAUCCAAAUUCUCGACAAGACUCAGGCUUUAACAAUACUAUGGAUACACGUCACAACAAUGUCGACAGAGGAAAGAAAUCAAUGAGUGAAGAUGAUGAACUAUGUUUGUUAAGUAGUGAUGGUCAAAACAAGUCCAAGGAAAACUCUCCUUGGCAACGUGUGAAAUGGAUGGAUAAGAUGGUGAAGCUAAUGAUAACUGCUCUUUCUUAUAUCGGUGAAGACUCUGGUUCUGAUAAGAAAUUUGCAGUUUUGCAGAAGAAAGGUAAGUGGAGAUCAGUUUCUAAAGUCAUGGAUGAAAGAGGUUAUCAUGUUUCGCCGCAGCAAUGUGAAGAUAAGUUUAAUGAUCUUAAUAAGCGGUAUAAGAAGCUUAAUGAGAUGCUUGGUAGAGGAACUUCUUGUGAGGUUGUUGAGAAUCCUUCACUCUUGGAUAAGAUUGAUUACUUGAAUGAGAAAGAGAAAGAUGAAGUUAGGAGAAUCAUGAGCUCUAAACAUCUUUUCUAUGAAGAGAUGUGUUCUUAUCAUAACGGAAACAGAUUGCAUUUGCCUCAUGACCCUGCGGUACAGAGAUCUCUUCACUUGAUUACGCUUGGAAGCCGUGAUGAUCAUGAUAAUGAUGAACAUGGGAAACACCAAAACGAAGAUCUUGAUGAUGAUGAUGACUAUGAGGAAGAUCAUGAUGGAGCUUUAAGUGACCGUCCUUUGAAGAGGUUAAGACAAAGCCAGAGCCAUGAAGAUGUUGGUCAUCCGAAUAAGGGUUAUGAUGUCCCUUGCUUGCCUCGUUCCCAAGCUGAUGUGAAUCGAGGAAUAUCGCUAGAUAGUAGGAAAGCUGCUGGCUUACAGAGGCAGCAGAUUGAGUCUAAGUCUUUAGAGUUAGAAGGACGAAAGCUUCAGAUUCAAGCGGAGAUGAUGGAACUGGAGAGACAACAAUUCAAGUGGGAGGUGUUUAGUAAGAGAAGAGAGCAGAAGCUUGCGAAAAUGAGAAUGGAAAACGAAAGGAUGAAACUUGAGAAUGAAAGGAUGAGUCUUGAACUGAAACGAAUAGAGUUGGGUGCUAAAUUGUGAAGAGUCUUAGGAAUUAAGGAUCAAAGAAAUUAAUCAGAAAAAGUUGCAACAAUGAUUGGCAAUCUAAUCAGUUGCUUAACUUUGCAGUAGACAUUAUUAUUAGCUAAGGUUUAAAGUUUGAGGUAAGAAAUAUUUUCAUAUUUUCAGAUGUAAUAUUCUUAUAGAAAGUGGUUCUGUUCUCUAUGCUUGAUUAUGUCCUCAUUGUCCUGUAAGUAUCAACGACAGUGACAAGAACUGAGAGUAACUAUUCAAAACUCCAACCUCUAAAUUGGCUCUCUUUAGCCUUGGAGCUUUUAGGUAAUUGAAGAAUCUUUUAUUUUCAUAGGCGGAAAAAGAAACCUAAAGCUUGGGCCAAAAAUGUUGUUUGGGCUAGUAAGAAGAAACAAAUUAGGCCAUGCCAUUAUGCUUAGUUGCUUACUGAUGUAAUACCCACUUGAAUAAAAG